AAACGCAGUUUCCGCGAAUCGCUGCUCGGUGAAAAAAGUGCGUACACGCGUGCCGCUCCGAUGUUGGUCGGGAUGUCAGGCGGUGCGCCGUCGGCCCGGGAGUCAUUGCGUUGAUCCGAUGAGAGAGCGAGGCAGACUGAUGAAAGCGCAGCAUCCGCGGAUGCAGCCAAUAUGGAUUCCCACGUCGGUCUCGACUACAUCGUGGAUAAUCCCGAUUAUUGCGUCAAGCUCGCCUCAGCGUUGGAGACGGCGUGCUCGUCCGUGAAGAAGCAAGUCGUGGAGCUGCUGUCGGCGCUGUGCGUUUAUAGCCAAGACGGCAGGCAGAGAGCCAUCGAUACUCUUCACACGUACCAGGAGCGGAAGGGCGAGCGUUAUCGAUUGCGAGUCGUGGUCGACGAGCUGCAGAAAGCGACGGCCGAGGAUUACCAGACGGCACUGCUGGCGUUUAUAAAUUGUUUGGUCAUCUCGACGCCGGUGCUCAAGGACCGCAUACGUAUUCGCAACGAGUUCAUCGGUCUCAAGCUCCUGCCGAUCCUGAACGAGCUGCGGAAAAGUCAUGCGCCGGAUGUGAGGGUACAGCUAGACGCCUUCGACGAUCAGCGGGAGACCGACGAGGAGCUCGCGAAUCACGGACCGCCCGGUAUCGAUCUCUCCUCUCACGUGGACGUUUUUUACGCCAUCCUCGGCCAAGUCGCAGACACUCCGCAGGAGAUACCCUUUCUGAGCAUCCUGCAGCAUCUGCUGCGACUGGACCCGAAAGACGCCGCCAGCGAUCUGGCGUGGGACACCGCGGAGACACUGGUGCACCGAGCCACGUUGCUGGAGAGUCGCGAGGAUGCGACCAAGUUGCUGAGGUCGCCUAGUCUUCAAACGAAUCUAUGCUGCCACUGCCGCGGCGCCGAUCAGACGUGCGGAACGUCGCGAAAAGCAUCGCUGCCGGCGAACAAUAGCUCGACAGUGCCUUUACCGCCACCGCCGCCACCCCCGGUUCCAGUCGCGCCACCGGGCCCGCCAAGCCCGUCGAGCGGUAGCGGUUUUGUCCUGCCGCCGCCGCCCCCGCCACCGCUUUUCGCUAACGUCGGCACAUCUGAUGCACCGAUGGAGCCGCCGAUGCCACCCCCUCUGCGCGUGUCCCCCGUCGCACGCGCGCCUACCCCCGAGCCGCCCAGCAAUCACGCCAGGCUGCUGCCGCAACAAGAAAUUCCCACCCCUAAAACGAAAAUGAAGACUAUCAACUGGAACAAGAUACCUAAUCAUAAGGUGAUUGGCAAACGAAACAUCUGGUCCCUCGUGGCGAACGAGCAUCAGAAUUCCCCGAUGGCGGAUCUAGACUGGGCUGAGAUGGAGGGCUUGUUCUGCCAACAAGCGCCGCCGAUGGUACCACCGGCGACUUAUUCGACCUCGUGCGGCGCCGACGCCGAACGACGUCGUCGAGAACCGACGGAGAUCGCAUUACUCGACGGAAAAAGGAGUCUGAACGUUAACAUUUUUCUGAAGCAGUUUCGAAGUUCGAACGAGGACAUAAUCCAACUGAUCAAGGAGGGCGGUCACGAUGACAUCGGCGCGGAGAAGCUGCGUGGUCUAUUGAAAAUAUUGCCGGAGGUGGACGAACUCGAGAUGCUCAAGAGCUUCGACGGCGACAAGUCGAAGCUCGGUAACGCCGAGAAGUUCUUUCUGCAGCUUGUCCAAGUGCCAAAUUACAAGUUACGUAUCGAGUGCAUGCUGCUGAAGGAAGAAUUCGCCGCGAAUAUGAGCUACUUGGAGCCAAGCAUCAACUCGAUGAUACUUGCCGGUGAUGACCUGAUGACGAACAAACCCUUACAGGAGAUGUUGUACAUGGUCCUGGUGGCUGGUAAUUUUCUGAACUCUGGUGGCUAUGCUGGCAAUGCAGCGGGUGUGAAGCUCUCCUCGUUGCAGAAGCUAACCGAAAUUCGCGCGAACAAGCCGGGGAUGAAUCUGAUUCACUACGUAGCAUUGCAAGCCGAGAGAAAACGGAAGGAUUUACUAAGCUUCGCGAAGAAUAUGACUGCCCUAGAAGCAGCGACAAAGACGACAAUCGAACAAUUGACCAACGAAUUUAAUAGCUUGGACACGAAGAUCAAAAAGAUCAAGAGUCAGAUCCAACUCUCUUCGACCGAAAGCGAUAUACAGGAGCAGAUGGCACAGUUUCUUCAAAUGGCCGAGCAAGAAAUGGCGCAAUUGAAGAGGGAUAUGGAGGAGCUCGAGGGAGUGAGACGAUCGCUCGCGGAAUUCUUCUGCGAGGAUACGAACACAUUCAAGAUCGAAGAGUGCUUCAGGAUAUUCCAUCAGUUCUGUCAGAAGUUCAACCAGGCGGUUGCAGAGAACGAAAGACGGCGCAUCCAGGAGGAGCAGAUCCUGGCGCGUCGCAAACAGCGCGAGGAGCAAUUGCUGGCGAGGAAACGACUGCGUAAGUUGAGCAGUCAAACGGAAACACCAGGCUCGGAAUCUGAAUCUAACUUGAUGGACUAUGGAUUUUUCGACCUCCACACCGGUUUACCUCAGAGAAAUUAUAGCCGCGGCGAGGCCAAGAUAAGAAGAUUACAAAGCGGCGGUGUUACGUCAGACGAGGACGUCUCGGUCAUCGGAUCGCCGAGCAUCCGACGUCGUUUAGGAUCGUGUUCCGGCGGUCCCGACCAACAGUCUACCAAAGAAGACACAUAUUCGCCAGAUAUCACGCCUAACGGCACGCUUCGUCGGCGCAGGAGUAGAAUACCCUGCGAGGAUGACGACGGAAAUCUGAUGGACUUCUUACGAACGUCCGGACAGGAUAAUACACGGGAGAGAAAAUCAUGGGGAAGCUUAGAUCGAUCGUGGGCGCGGAGAGCUCGAGGGCAAUCGCGAAGAGGCGAUCUGCUGAACGCCGAUUUUUCGGGGGAUCGGGAACGACCGAGCUCACCGUCUCCUCUCGCGGAGAGUAAACCGUUCCUGCAAGAGGAGGAAGCGAAGCCAACCGGGAAAGCCUGGCGACAGAAGAUCGAGGCGUGGCUGUCGGAGAAUGAGAAGGAAGAUCGUGCGGGUGAACAGCUCCAGAAAAGAGCGAAGCAACUGCACCAAGCGAACCGACGGUCCUUCGAAGACUCGGAAAGCGAAGGCAAGAGCUGCCCGAUGAAUACCUUGGCGGAAGACCAAACCAUGCUUGAAGGAGCAGGGUUCUCCGAAGUUUACGACUGGCGACCGUCCGUCGAGAAAACGGACGUGAUGCGCACGAUGGAGGCCAUUGAAGAAGCUCAACCAUUAUCGUCCCAGGACAAGUCUCCUUGGCGAAAAUCGAGCUUAAACGUACCAAAUAGUAUGGAAGAAGCUGAUCCGCGUUAUUCCCGUAGAUUUAGAUCGAAACACAACACCGAGAACGCUCUCAUGCCGAGCACACUGCAGGCGAUCAGAGAGGAGGACAGGAAGAAAAACAAGAUCAGUGACACGAUAAAUUUAGAUGCCCCCCAGGACGAGUUGACGAUCUAUCUCCGGCAGCCGUAUACCAAAACGCAAACACCUGUAACCCGGCGAUUCUCCAAGCUCGGCAGAAAGACUUCCACGGACGAGGAAAGAGUCAGCGAUAAGAUCGAGAUCGAUUCGGACAACAUCGAGACACCACCGGCAACCAGGCGGUUGUUCAGCCCGCCGAAGGAGGUAAAACCCGUGGAGAAGGAACCCUGCAAAAGGGAACGUUGCAGCAGCUCCCUCCAGAGUCGAGAAACAAAGACUGCGAUAUUGAAACCGAUUAAUCCCAGCGCGGAUCUUGGUACUGGUAACUUCGAUAGAUACUCAGCGACGCGACGAACACGUAGGUACAAGAAAAGCCAAGAUCCCACGGGGGACAAGGACAAGUCGGACAUGUCGAGCCUCGAAUUGGUUUACGACGAGAAGUCGACGGUGCAGCGGCCGAAUACCCUCGUCCUCGCUGACGAGGAGAUCCACCACGAGGACACGGACUCCAUGCUGCGUGUCUGGCAGGAUAAGCUGAAGCGGCGCGACACUGCCUCGUCAUCGUUAUCGUGCGACAUUGACGCCGCGCUAGCGGAGAUCGCGCGCUCCGGCGAAGACCUUCAACGUCUAUCGCGUUCGGCGUCGACGACGACAGCGUCAACGAUAAUGGGCCACAGAAGCUCGCGGCUUCCGGUCAGCCAACCGCCACCGGUGGUGGCGGUGACCAACACCGUGUUGAGCCCGGUGAUGCAGGAGUCGCGACCGCGGGAGCCGAUUACGAUGCUCGCCGAGCGGGCGGUGACGAGUCGCGAGCGUCAUCGAAGCAUGAUCGAUCCAAGUCAGGUGAAAGAAGCGGUCCGUUUGACUAGUAACCCACCCAGUCAGGUGAACCAGGAUCAGGAGAUCGUCAAUGGCUUCCCGCGAAACGGAAGUUCGCCGCACGAUCGGAAGAACGAGCAGGACGACACGCCCAAGACCGUGGAAGAAGAGAAGCGCAUGGAUCUGAAGCCCAUCGGGGGCACGAGGGAACUCGAGAAGAGCUCCGAUAUUCGAAUCGCAGACGAUUCGCGCGAUCGGUCGACGACUCGGCAAACCCCCUUGUUCCGUAGUCGAUUCAUUCCCGAUAUAAGUGUGACAUCGUCGCCGCCUUCGUCCGGCAAGAGCAGAGAUCAGGAAUUGAACGACGAGGGCUUCGAAGAGACGCAGAGCCUCGUGUCGGAGACUUUGAGCCAGGAGACGUCCUCAGGCAAUUACGAGACGGACACGCAUGACUCGACGCGAUGCUCGCCGGCGGAACUGGGCGGUUACGGCGGCGAGCAACGUCGGCGUAACACCAUCACGGACGACCUGAAUGGUCGGAGAUCAUCCGUCGACAAGUUACUGAAGCCGGCUUCCGAUAAAACGUUCGACAAAAAGACGAGCGCGAGGAGCGCGUCGGAGAAGUCCAGUUUUCUGCCAAAGCGCACCGCGAGCGCGAAGCGCGAGUCUUCUGCGUUGAGGAAAACCGAGUCCCUGAAAAGAACCUCGAACGUUAUCCCGUUGAGCGAUGCGGGAAUGUCGAGAGGCGAGGUGCAACGUUCCGGUUCCAGAAGCAGCUUACGCAGCUCGCGGAGCUCGCUGAACAGCGCGACGUCCGUGAACACGGUGCGAAAUCUGGCCGCCAAUCACGCGCAUUUACGCAGCUACACCUCGGCCAUCCGCGCGCUGACCAACGACUUGAGGAAGAGCAGUCCGUCGAACAGCCCGGUGCCGCCAAAGAACGCGGUUGACAAGAGGCGGCCGAGUCCUCGUCAGAUUGGCGUCAGCAGGAUACCCGCCAGUAGGAGCAGCAGCAGCGGCAGCAGCGUUGGACCGGCAGUGAGGAACGUUCGAAAAGCACCCGAGGUGGUGCCUGGCAUGCCAAAGGUUACGAGGGGCCGGCCAAUCGCCUCGCGUAGCAGCAGCAGCGGAAGCAGCGUCGGUCAUCAAUCAAUCUUAGGAAGUCGACCGCUUUCCGGCGAUAAAACGUCCGCGACGAAAAGCAGAUUAAUGCAGUCGCGAGUCGGCUUGAAGAGUCACAGCUUUAUGAGGCCCACGGCCGCCAGCGUCAACAAGGGUUCCACACCAAACUUGCCCAAGAGCAUCAAAGUUAUGGUCAAGUGAUAACUCAUCGAUAAGGAAUUGUAUUCGAGAAUUUUAGACCGAGAAAGAUUUAUCUACAUAUACAUUUAACAAUCGCGUUAGAAUUAACAAAAACCGCUAGCGUUACGUAAGAUCAGCCGAAUCCGGAGUCUGAUAAUUGAUAAGCUGUAAGGACAACAAUUUCGACGAUGUUAUCACGUAAGGUAGAACUGCAAGAUUAGAUAAUGAAAAUUGUUAUUCUCGCUGACUACGCCGUCUCUCACAAUUGUCAAACCAAAAUAAGUAAAGGCUAUUAUCGUCUAAUUAUACGCCACUAUCACACCAAACAACGUGAGUGCUCGGAUAAGAGGGAAAUAAUCAAAUCUCUCUCUAGCUUUAUCGCGCGCGCGACGCCCACACGUUACAUGACCAAGGAAACUUUAAGGGGAACGCCCCGAUCUUUUAUAUCCGGCGCCAAAUUGAGGGAGUUUUCCUUUCAGUAGCCUAGAAGAACGUAUUUGUGUAUAAGGUAUAAUGUAACAUACUCGACUAAUGUGCAUGUACGAUAUAUUAUAUAAUUCUUACCGUUAACAAAGAUAAAUAUAUAUUGUAGAAUAUAUGUCCGAUAAAUAAAUUAACAUAUUACAUGACAAUGCAAUUCGAAAUUUCAAUACAGAAAAAAACCGCGCGACAUUAUUAAAUAAACUUACAAUUAGCUAUACAUACUUUACGAAGAAAAGAACGCAAAUAAAGUUUGCUGAAUAAUUGCAAACACGAGUAAUCCGCAUAUUGCACUAUCUUUCAUAUAUAUAUUCAUGUAUACUUUAUGCACUGUAUUCAACAAGAAAUAUCUACAUAUUUUAUGUACAAAAAUGUAAAUUAACAAUCAUUUUUAUCAACGAUCCAUUUUCAAAUUGCAUCAAAAAACCGCGUUCCCGACAGAAAUGUUUAAUGAGAUCACUCGGAGAGUGUGAUUCGGCACCGGCGCUUCCUAAAAAGCGUAAUAAUUCGAAAAAACUGACCUUUUUUCGAUUGUCAACGGGUUACGUUGCGUAUAAAUCUUUCAUACGGUACGUAAAUAUAACAUUCAGCUAUAAUAACGGCUAGUCAAGCCGGUGCGCGCGAUCGACAGACACAGAAUCAGGAUCGUCUUACUUUCACCAUAAACGGAAUCCGCACAGCUUAGAAAUAAAUAACUAUAAAUUAUAUAAUUAAGCCUGCUGCUCUCUACGUUUGUUGAUAAAGUAUAAUUACCGUGAAUGCGAUGUAAUUUUACCGUGAUUUUGACGCGGGCCAAUUCAGCCACCCCGAUUGUUGAUCUCGAUAGCCAUAUAGAAUGACACAAUUUGACAAACAAAAUUCAAAUUUGUUAAUAAAUUAUCAAAUAAAUCGACAUUACACCGGGUAUAACUUUCUAUAUAACAGAAAAUCUAUAUAGCACGAGAUCAACAUUCUUCGACUAUAUAUAUAUUAAUUAUUUUAUUAACUAUUAUCGCUAGUUAUCAUCAAUAAAAUUAAAUAGGGCGGCUGAGGAACUCGCAAACACAUUUGCAAUUGCAUCGCCGCCGCGUCUCUCCUUUUGGUAUCUUCAUUUAAUUUAUCAGAAAUGUAAAGUAACACGGGCUUUGUGACUUUUUGUUUUGUUUGGUUUUACAGCAAAGUGAAAAAAAGUAGAGAAAAGGGUUGAGAAUAAUGAAAAGCGACACGGGGCAUUGCAAGCAACGUGCGUCAAUGUCCUAAAAGGUAAGAAGAUCCCAAUUGCUUACGCUUCUACAAUUUUAGAUAUAAAUAUCGUAACAUUAAGCAAGAGUAACCGAUGAAUACCCUCAAUGGACGAACGGAGUUCCUUUCAACGAAUUAAAAGAAAAUAUUACAAAUAAUACAUACAAAAAUAUAAAAUAAUAGCGCUCGGAAAUCAAUCGAUGAAAAAAAUAGAGACGCGCAAACCCGUCCAGGUUCGCGCGAGAACAGUGAAACUCGUACUCCACUCGACGACAAUUGAACGAUCAUUCGUUCACUCGAUUAACAUUCAUCGCUCGAUAAACAGUCGCC